AUGGCUGGUGGCUUUCUCCCAUACCACGAACCCGGAAUUGUUGAGAUCCUCAUCAUCAUUUCUUUCUUCUUUUUCCUUUCCCUUGCAAAAUGGGUUUCUGCAAAGGUGAUCCAGGCGGGCAUUAUAGGUCAAAUCGCCGUCGGCAUCAUCUAUGGUGUACCAUUGGCCAAUAUCCUCGAAUAUAACUGGCAAGAGACUUUUCUCGCCUUGGGAUAUGUCGGUCUGAUUUUGAUCAUUUUUGAAGGCGGCCUUGGCGCUCGUGUGGAUCUCCUCAAACAAAAUUUCACAUUGAGCAUGGUCGGUGCAGCAACUGGUGUUUGCUUUCCGAUUGGUUUAUCAUACCUUUUGCUCUAUCUCGGUUUUGGAUAUGGCGCGGUGGAGACCUUCAUUAUCGGCGCAGCUCUUUCCGCUACUUCAUUAGGAACAACAUUUGCUGUUAUCGGCUCUGCAUCUAGUUCGAUCAAUCUCUCUCAGACUCGUGUAGGGUCUGUUCUGGUCAGCGCAGCUGUCAUUGACGAUGUGGUGGGACUUGUUAUGUUGAGUGUCAUCGGCGACCUGGGCAAACUUUCUACAGAGAACCAUGUCAGCCUGGGAUGGCUUAUCGGACGUCCGAUAGUAGCAUCGAUCGCAAUGGCCAUCGUAACACCCAUCGUCACCAAGUGGCUGUUUGCACCUCUCUUCCGCAAAUACAUCGAAUAUCAUUUCGCGCGCUUCGACCAUAUCUCAAACAUCAUCUUGAUGACUCUUGUCCUCUCGGCAUUUAUUACCAUUGCAGGUUUCACUGGGACGUCGGUCCUGUUUGGUGCUUUUCUCGCGGGCGUGUUUCUGACUUACCUUCCAAGCAAGCGUCCUGAAGGUCCGUUUGUUGUCAUGAGCCGCGAGGAAGGCGAGCGCGAGGCUGAUAAAAGUCCCACUUUUGUUCAUACCUUUGAGAAAUAUCUCCUUGGGCCCCAAGAGUAUUUGAUGGAGCCUUUGUUUUUCGCAAGUAUUGGCUUUGCGAUACCGUUUGUACAACUGUGGACGGGAAAACGAAUUUGGAGAGGUGUUGUUUACUCUCUUCUCAUGUGUGUCGUCGGGAUAUGGGUACCCGCGUGGCAACUUUUUACCCGGAACCCAUCUCACAACAGAAAAGAUUCAUCUGAACCGGGGGAAAGUCAGUUGCAGCCAGGAAGCAAAGAAAGGAGCAAAAGCCGGGACGAAGGACAAGGCGAGCAUACUAAUGGACACAGAUGGAACCGCGCCUGGCUCGCCGCGGCACUCCUAGGCUCUGCGAUGGUAGCCCGAGGGGAGAUUGGCCUAUUGAUCAUUGAAAUUGGGCACAAUGAGACUCCGUACGUCAGUGACGAGGGCUUCUUUACUGGUAUUUGGGCUAUUUUAUUGAAUACCAUUAUUGGUCCGGUUACGGUCGGUCUUAUAGUUCGAUUUCACGCGAAAAAGAUUGGAGAAGGGGAAUGGGGUUUGCAGGACCCUGCUGUGCCUGUCUCGAGCGAGGCAGAUAUGAAUGGAGCGGUAUAA